AUGGCGCGCCGUGGUGCCCUGUAUUCGCAACAUCCUCCGUCGGCGAUGCCUCCGGCAACCAGCGCCCGCCGGCCACCGGUGAUCCUGAAGCGGUCGCCGCCCGUGCGCGCGCGGUGCGCGGAGGUGGCCGGCGGCACGGCCGCGGACUGCGUCGCGGUGUGCUGCUGCUUCCCUUGCGCGGCGGUGGACGUGGUGGUGCUGACGGCCGUGCGGCUGCCGGCGGGGAUCUGCCGGAAGGUGAUGCGGGCGCGCAAGGCGAGGAUGAGGAAGCUCAGAGACGCGAGGCUGUUGGGGAAAAAGACCGACGACGAGACUUCCCCCGCGGACAGCGAGGAGGAAUCCGAGUGCGAGGAGGUUGCGGCGGCGGCGGGGCUGACGCCGGUGGAGAUGGCGGAGGUGGAGAUGGAAAUGAGCGCGCGGUUCCACGGCGCAGGAUUCUGGCGGAGCCCUUCGCAAAAAGAAGAACCGAGAUCACGGCUGAUUUAUUAA